AACUUUUUUUUUUUUUUUUUUUUUUCCUCGCUCGCUUGUUGGACUUUGUUCGCUCAAAACCGAUUCCUUCGUUUCCUCGUCUUUGAUUUCCGUCGCCUCUCCGUUGGUCGCCGCCUCGUCAAUCGUGCUUUUGAACAAGAGGUCCCCCCCCCCCUUUGCGUUCUAUAGAUAUUCUGAAGUGGACCAAAAACAAGCAGGGAGAGAGAGAGUCGACGACGACUGCCAGCGAGGUCAUCACCGAGCACUCAAUCUUCCCCGCAGCAGCGCAACCCCAAGAAGCGUCAAAGUGCCAUUCGUAGCUUCGUCGCUCCAUCUCUUGCUUUGCGUCGAGUCCUGCAAACUGUUGGAGCUCAAGCGCACAGGAAGAGACUCGAAUCGCAUUGGGGACGAUCGACAUUGCCACCGCUGCUGCUGCUGCUGCUUGUCAUCGUUGACGUGGUCCUUCUGCCUCGUCUGCUGCCUCGACUGCCGAAUCGCCAACGCUGCCACCGCGCACAACACAUGCACAGAUGCAGCACCGCCAGGUAAUAUCCAUCGCGGUCAUCGUGGCGGUGGUCAUUGCAUGCGGCGUGCUCUUUGCCGAGUACUUCAAGCCAGCCGUCAUGUACAUGCGUAACGCCCAUGGCAUGAGUGCGGCGGUCGUGUUUGCAGCACUGUAUGUGUUUGUAUCGCUGCCGAUCGCCUGGGGCUUUAUCAUUGUCAACUUUGCCGCGGGCUACCUCUACGGCUUUGGGCUCGGGUUUGCCAUGAAUGUGGUUGGCGGGACUCUCGGUGCCACGCUCGCCAUGCUCGUCUGCCGCAAGAUGUGCUUGAAUUUCGUCCGACGGAAGGUGGGCGAGAAUCCCCAGUUCCACGCUGUCAUCCGAGUUGUGGAGGGCAAGCAAGGCCUGAAAAUCAUUGCUCUCACUCGGCUCACUCCCAUCCCCUACGGCCUGCAAAACGCCUUGUUUGCGGUGGCGAAAAUCGACGUUUCCCUCUUUGCUACAGCCACCUUUGUGGGCUUGAUACCAACACAACUGCUCAACUCGUACUUGGGGUCGUCGUUGCAGCGCAUGGAAGACAUUUUUGGCCGAGGCGAGUCUCCGAUGCAACAGUACCUGCUCCUCGGCGGCCAGGUGGUGAUUGGCAUCAUUCUCACGGCCUUUGUUUGGCGGCAUUCCAAGAAAGUGCUGGAUGACGCUUGUCAGAUGCCAGACGACUCGCUCCCUCUGCAGCAACUUCAGCUGCAGGAGCGAGAACGGCUCCUCGAGGCCAAUCUCAACGAUCUCGAGGCCCAAGACGGCAUCAGCAGCAGCACGCCGCCUCAUCGUGCGGACGGUACUUCAGGCUCGCCACAAAGCCGCUCGACGGGAGAGCUCACCGAAAUUGUUCUCAUGUCUGGCGGGAAUUCGACGACUCCGGCAAGCCUAUACCCGUUGUCCAUCCCUGGCACGGCCAUGCACCACCACAACCACCACCAUGCUCAUAGUCAACUCCAGCAUCACAGUCCCGGCAGCACUACUGCUGCUGCUGCUGCUGCUGCUGCUGCUGCUGCUGCUGCUGCUGCUGCACCUCCUAGCCACGCCUACCAAUCGCAAAUGUCAAUGUCAGCCGCCGUUGAUGCUUUCGGGCAUUUACCAAGUCGGCCGACAUCGCCGCUUUCUGCUGCAGAUCAUUUCAACCCGCUGGGAUCGGGCUUAUCAGGAUUGCGUUGAUUGACAGUUGCGCGUUGCGUUUUUUUGUUUUUUCUUUUGGUUAUUCAACAAAUUUAUAACUCUACCUCCCACCUGGCAUGCUCCCUUUCGAUGCUACAAAACGCGGCAUUCGUCG